AUGUUUCUUUACAAUCUAACUCUGCAGCCCCCGACCGCUAUUAAUGUUGCCGUGGUUGGCCACUUUUCAGGAACAAAACAGCAAGAGAUUGUUGUAUCCAGAGUAACACGCUUAGAAUUUCUUAGGGCUGAUCCAAAUUCAGGAAAAUUACAAACUCUUUUAACCCAUGACGUUUUUGGAAUAGUUAGAUCUUUGACACCUUUUCGUUUGACUGGUGGCUCAAAAGUCGGAUCUGAUUCGGGUCGUAUAGUCAUUCUAGAAUAUAAUCCGUCAAAGAAUAAAUUUGAUAAAAUUCAUCAAGAGACAUUCGGAAAAUCUGGAUGUCGACGAAUUGUGCCUGGACAAUAUUUGGCCGUAGAUCCAAAAGGGAGAUCUGUUAUGAUCGGUGCAAUUGAAAAACAAAAACUUGUUUACAUUCUUAAUCGCGAUUCUGCUGCUAAUUUGACCAUAUCUUCGCCGCUAGAAGCUCAUAAAUCACAUACAUUAGUACACCAUUGUAUAGGCUUGGAUGUUGGAUUUGACAAUCCUGUCUUUGCUUGUUUGGAAGUAGAUUAUUCGGAGGCUGACCUUGAUCACACUGUCGAUGCACGAGCCAAUAUGCUAUUUGCUGUUCCUGGUGGUAAUGAUGGUCCUUCUGGUGUACUAGUUUGCUCGGAAAAUUUUAUAACGUACAAGCACCAAAAUGUUACUGAACUUCGCGUGCCAAUUCCACGACGCAGGAAUCCGUUAGAGGACCCAUCACGUGGACUUAUAAUUGUUGCUGGUGUUAUGCAUAAGAUGAAGGGUGUUUUCUUUUUUUUACUACAAAGUGAGGAAGGUGAUAUAUAUAAAAUCACUCUUGACUACGAGGAUGAUAAGGUGAAGGCAAUUAAAAUUAAGUAUUUUGACACCGUGCCCAUCGCUGCAUCAUUAUGCAUACUCAGAGCUGGUUUUCUGUUUGUAGCUGCGGAAUUCGGAAAUCAUCGAUUAUAUUCAUUUACAAGUCUUGGUGAUGAUAAUGACGAACCAGAAUGGUCCAGUGAAAGUUUUAUGGAUACUGAUUUAAAUCUUCUUGCGUCGGCAUACUUUACCCCGAGAGAGCUACAAAAUUUGGAACGUGCUGAUGAAUUAGAAAGUCUGAAUCCAUUAAUUGAUGCCAAGGUUUUAAAUCUUACAGAUGAUGAUACACCACAAUUGUAUGCUUUAUGUGGAAGAGGUGCCGGCUCAACUUUCCGGAUAUUAAGGCAUGGUCUGGAAGUAUCUGAGAUGGCGGUUUCUGAAUUGCCUGGUAACCCUAAUGCUGUUUGGACUACUAAACUUAAAUCCGAUGACGAAUUUGAUGCGUAUAUUAUUGUAUCAUUUGUGAAUGCAACCUUGGUACUAUCCAUCGGGGAAACAGUUGAAGAAGUAACUGAUACCGGAUUUCUUGCAACAACGCCCACGUUAGACGUUCAUCAACUGGGUGAUGAUGCAUUGCUUCAGAUAUAUCCUCAAGGUUUGAGGCAUAUCCGUGCUGACCGCCGCGUAAAUGAAUGGAAAACACCCGGCAACAGAGCUAUAGUGAAAGCUACAACUAACAAGCGUCAAGUUGUUAUAGCAUUGACGGGCGGUGAACUCGUGUAUUUUGAGUUAGAUAAUCAAGGUCAGCUGAACGAAUAUCAAGAACGCAAGGAAAUGUCAGCAAAUGUACACUGUUUAAGUAUUGGGGAAGUUCCAGAAGGGAGACAACGGUCAAGGUUUUUGGCUGUGGGUUGUGAUGACAACGCCGUCAGGAUUCUUUCUCUUGAUCCUGAUAAUACUUUAGAGGUUCUCAGCACACAGGGUCUAAGCGCGCCUCCACAAUCUCUAUCCAUCAUUGAGAUGAUGGAUAUUGGUACUGACGCUUCACAUGGAACACUCUAUCUUAAUAUAGGAUUACAAAAUGGUGUAUUAUUGCGAACAGUAUUGGAUACGAUUACUGGUGCAUUGACCGAUACUAGACAAAGGUUUCUUGGUGCUCGACCGGUUAAGCUUUUUCAGGUCAAAAUUCAGGGAUCUCCUGCGGUUUUAGCAUUGUCAAGUCGGCCUUGGUUAAGUUAUACUUUUCAAUCCAGAUUACAUCUUACACCACUUUCAUAUGAUAUGCUGGAAUAUGGAUCCAACUUUACAUCACCGCAAGUUCCAGAAGGUAUUGUGGCAAUCUCUGCCAACACUUUGAGAAUAUUUGCCGUGGAAAAACUAGGGACAGUAUUUAAUCAAGCAACAAUACAACUUAAAUAUACACCACGUCAUUUUAUCCUUCAUCCAAUUUCGAGAAAUUUUGUUGUAAUCGAAGGUGAACAUAAUACAUUUUCUCCAGCGGAAAAGGAAAAGACAUUGGAAGCUAAGACCAAAAAUGGAUUUCAAUUUGAUCCUAAAUUAUUGGAAUUACCUCCGGAGACGUUUGGUUUACCCAAAGCAGAGCAUGGGAAAUGGGCGUCAUGCAUUCGUGUUAUAAACCCUUUCCAAGGUGAAACAAUGUCAUUAGUAGAACUUGAAGAUAAUGAGGCCGCAUUUAGUAUUGCUACAGUAAACUUUCAUGGGCAUAACAAUGAAUUAUUCCUUGUCGUCGGCACUGCAAAGGAUGCAAAUUUGGCACCACGCACGUGUUCUGCAGGGUAUUUACAUGUAUACCAAUUCGUAGAUGAAGGAAACUCUUUAAAACUUGUACAUAAGACACAAUGUGAUGAUAUCCCUUUAGCACUAUUGGGAUUCCAAGGGAGACUUAUUGCUGGUGUUGGCAAAGCACUGAGAAUAUACGAUAUGGGUAAAAGGAAAUUGUUAAGGAAAUGCGAGUCAAAGGCGAUUCCAAAUUGCAUUGUUAAUUUACAUACGCAAGGAAAUCGCAUUAUUGUCUGUGAUAUGCAAGAAUCAGUCCAUUAUGCAUCAUACAGACCACACGAUAAUCGUAUCAUUAUUUUCGCUGAUGAUACUACUCCGAGAUGGAUAACAACUACUACAAUGAUAGAUUAUGAUACACUUGCUGGUGGAGAUAAAUUUGGAAAUUUUUUUAUUGAUCGGUUACCAGCAGAAACAAGUGAAGAAGUAGAUGAAGAUCCUACUGGGAAUAAAAUAAUGUAUGAAAAAGGAUAUUUGAUGGGUGCUCCACAUAAGGUAUCUAUGAUUGCACAUUAUCAUGUAGGGGACAUUAUUACAUCCCUCCAUCGAACAACGCUUGUUGCUGGUGGACGUGAAAUCCUAACUUAUACUGGUAUAAUGGGUAGUAUUGGUGUGUUUGUCCCAUUUUUGACAAGGGAAGAUAUAGAAUUUUUCCAAACACUUGAAAUGCAUAUGAGAAACGAAGCAGCGCCUUUGGCGGGACGUGAUCAUCUUCAAUAUCGUAGUUUUUACGCACCCGUGAAAAGUAUGGUUGAUGGCGAUUUGUGUGAACAAUACAAUUUAUUACCGAUGGAUAAAAAGAGAAUGAUCGCCGAAGAAUUAGACCGUACGCCUGCGGAAAUACAAAAGAAAAUUGAGGACAUGAGAGUAAUGGCAGCACAAGAUUCAAAAACGAUAGAAAUAAUACCAAAUUUGACGGGUGGCAUAAUUUUUGGUGUAGCAUUUGCAAUUCGUUUCAUUCUUUUCCAAUUUUCUAAUAUCACUGAAACUUUGGGAAGUCGAGUUGAAAUUGUAACGCCUGUAACAAGUUUUACCCGACUAACUGAGGGUCUUUACUUAUUUGAUAAUGGCGUUCCACCAUACGAUGGCGGAGCUUUUCAUCAGGCUCCAUUAUUUCUCGCAUGCUUCCAGUUACUUAGCUACCUUCCAAACAUAUCAAUACCGUUGACUUAUAUAAUAACAGAUUUACUCAUAGCUUAUCUUUUAGCGGAUAUAACACGAAUAAAGCAACAUUUGUAUAAAGAUUUUCCUCGUAUAGAUGUAAAAUUAGAAGAGGGAAAGCCAAAGGAAAUUGAUCCGUGGAUAGUUUCUGGAUUGUAUCCUUUGAAGAGAAUUAGGAUAAACUGA